AUGCCCUGCUACGCAAACGUUGACGAAAGUGCCAUUGUCGAGAUCCCCAAUGAGCCAGCCACCGGUGUCUCAUAUUUCACACCCAAACAACACCCACCUGCCGGUACAGCUGUUUCGCCAGACGAGGGCAACCCGAAUUUGCCAAAGCUGUUUGCACCCUUACGGAUAAGAGGGCUCGAACUGCACAAUCGCAUUCUCUCAAAGCUCUCCCCACUGUGCCAGUAUUCUGCCGAAGACGGACACCACAAUGAUUGGCAUUUCGCUCAUCUCGGUGGUAUCAUAUCACGGGGACCGGGGUUAUCAUUUGUAGAGGCUACUGCGGUCACACCCAAUGGCCGCAUUACCCCGGAGGAUUCCGGCCUCUGGAAAGAAUCCCAGGUUGCGCCGCUGCGAAGGAUCGUGGAGUUUGCGCAUGGUCAGGGCCAGCGUAUUGGCAUUCAGCUGGCACAUGCCGGGCGCAAAGCAAGCACUGUCGCACCCUGGUUGAGUAUGGCCCGUGGCCCUGGCCCUGGCGCCUCCGUGAAAUCGGUUAAUGGCUUCGAGAAUGAAGGGUUUGCACCGCGCCACGGCUGGCCAGACGACGUGUGCGCUCCCAGCGCUAUCGCUUACAAGGACAAGAACAUUAUUCCACGCGAGAUGUCUUAUGGCGAAAUCCAAUCACUGGUAGAGGCAUGGGCCAAAGCAACCGAAAGAGCCGUACGGGCAGGAUUUGACGCCAUCGAGAUCCACGGCGCUCACGGAUACCUGAUCCACGAGUUUCUCUCACCAGUAUCCAACAAACGCACCGAUGACUACGGAGGCUGCUUCCAAAAUCGAAUCCGGUUUGCACUGCAGAUUGUGGAUGUCUCUCGGCAGAACAUGCCCGAGGAUAUGCCCCUUUUCUUCCGUGUCAGCGGAACCGAGUGGCUGGAGCACCUCCAGAGUGAGCCGAGCUGGGAUGUCAAUGAGACUAUCCGACUAGCUGAAGUGCUAGCAAGUCGAGGCGUGGAUGUUCUCGAUGUCUCAAGUGGAGGAAAUGACCCAAGACAGAAGAUUAUCGGUGGACCUGGAUACCAGACGCCGGCUGCUCUGCAGGUGAAGCGAGCCCUUGGCAACCAGCUUCUCGUGGGAACUGUUGGGGCGAUUACCUCCGGUACCCAGGCAAAUGGCCUGUUGAACAGUGGCCUCGAUAUGGCCUUUGUUGGACGGCUGUUCCAAAAGAACCCCGGCCUGGUCUGGCAGUUUGCGGAGGAGCUUGAUGUCGACGUCAAGUCGGCAAAUCAGAUCCAUUGGGGCUUUGCUGGACGUCGAAAGUGA